AUCCUAUGUUAACACGUUACACGAGCAAUCACAAGAUUUGUCAUAGUAAGACGGCACAUACAAGUCGUUUAUCCGUAACAAAAAUAUGACUCCAAAACAAAUAAAGCUCUACGUUCUUUGUCUUCUAUCAACAAUAGUACUUUUUGAUGGAGCAAAUGCUUUUCCAAAAGGAGUCAACGGCGGGGCAUACUGUCUUGCUUGCACGACCUUCGUAAGUUUAAAUCAACAAUUUGCCGAAUACCACAAUACGAGUUUUGAAGAGGCAUUUCACAAGAUUUGUUCCUUUUUUCCACCACCAUUGUCAAAUGGCUGCUCCGUCCUUGGUCAUUUUUUUCUUCCAGUCGUGUUGAAGUAUCAGACUUCGUCGCCCGACUUUAUCUGUCAAGCGAUCCAUCAAUGUUAUACAGAAAAACACCAUGUUCAGUGCAGGGCAUAUCCAAACCAUGGCAACGACGAGCAGUUUCGACAUGAAGUAAAAAGGGCCAGACGAUUUGCACGUGAGAGAUUACAUAUUGAUGAAAAAGCAGACACAUUAAGCUUCGACGUAUGCACGUUGCCGGUUGUGAAAGACAUCUGCGAGAGAAUACGGAAGAUCUUUAGCACAAACAAGCCCUUUUUCGACGUGGACGACGAUCUAUUCAGCUCCUAUGAAGAGUUGCGAGGCUACGCGUGGCGAGGGAAAGAUUGUAAUGAUCUUUGGAGUACGUAUUAUCCAGGUCGAAAACCGAUCGAAGACGACAUCAUCUUUGACUCCAAUUGCAAUGGAAUCCACGGAUUUAAUCUUUUUGAGCGGCGUACGUGGGAGGAUUUGUUGUGCGCCAACACCACGUCUCAAGGAACGAUAGCCCUUGGCGACUCUGUGACAGCCCAUUUUCGGGUGCCUCCGGAAUGGGUAACGGCGACUGAGCUAAGACACGAAAUCUUUAGACACUUUUGGUUUGUUUUAACAAACCAAUUUGAUUGGCCAAUGAUGUCCACCUUCACGGGUUAUUACGAGAAAUCUGAUUGGCCUGAGCUAAUUUCGGGACCAAUCGAUUCCGUUUACAAGCAUGUGGUCGAACGAAACCUUUGUAAUCACAGGGAUUACCAAAACAUCGGCAAAAAUGGCGCUGAUUCGUUUGCAAUGAACGAUAUCCUAGUCAAAGCAUUAAAGCGCAACACAACAACGGACAAACCAGUACUCCUGUUUUAUGCUCUCGUCGGAAACGACGUUUGCAGUAACGAUCCCGUGGUUACCCACAUGACAACAGUGGAACAAAUGAAAGAUAAUGCUUUGAAAACUAUGGAAACGCUUGACAAAAUUUUGCCCAGCGGUAGUCACGUGACAAUUCUCGGUUUAGCCGAUGGCAGGGUGUUAUAUGACUCGAUGCAUGCCCGCAUACAUCCGAUCGGUAAGCUACGCAAGGACGUCACUUAUGCGCAACUCUACGACUUUUUGAACUGUUUGGAAAUUUCACCGUGCGCCGGUUGGUUGAACACGAACGCAACAGUACGCAACGCAACCACGAAGCAUGCAGAGGCACUCAGCGGCGUUUUGCAGGACAUUGUGCGCACGCACACUUACAAAAAUUUCGAUUUAGCUUUCAUCCCGAACUUCUUCAAAGAGUCCAUAAAAAUGUGGAAAGGAAUGGGCAAGGGUCACGAAACCUGGCAACUCAUAGAGCCCGUGGAUGGUUUUCAUCCCAAUCAAAACGCGAUGGCGUUAUCAGCCAAAGUACUGGUUAAAGCAUUGGGGAAAAUCGCACCGCAUUUCCUUGGUGAAAUCAAUCCACACAACGCAAAGAUCAGACAGUUGUUUGGCAACCAGGGUGGAUAUAGAUAAAAACAAAUGGUCUACAUAUGAUACAUGCUAUGAAAUUUGAUUGGAUUCAGUUAGACCUCUUUCUUUUUUAAAGGAUGCACUAUUGAUUUUGACCGUCUCUUUUGUUACAGCAAUAAAGGAAUUUUCAAAUCACAUGUAAAAAUUUGCUUUUGCUUAUAAAUGGAUUUUAAAUCUGCAAGAAAACUGAAAAACGAUUUUUACGGUGACUUAGUAAACUGUUGUGACAAGCUACGACAGUAUAGAAGCAAUGAAACAUCGGACUAUGGCUGAAAUUUUUCAUGCCUCGUUUUACGUUCGCUGUGAUUUUUCCAGAUUACUGACAACUAAAUUCCACAAGAGUGCAUUGUAUCAAUAAUCGCUAAGAAUUAAUAUUCGCAAGAUAUAUAUCGUAAGUUUGCGUCAUGCUUCAUAAAAUUUAAUGAUUUUCUCAUAUGGGGCAUUAAAAGUUGCACGAUAAA